CCCGGCCCCCCUCCCGCUUCCAGCCCCGGCUCCGCCCUCCAUCACACCCCCUGCCCUUGACGCCGCCCGCCUUUGCGCCACACCCCUUUCUUCCCUCCUCCCCUCCCCCCAGCCCGCGGAAGUCCCACACGUGCAGUCACCGCUGGACACGCGCGUGCCCCUCGCCUUCCAUCCCCGCCCCACCCCGUGUGGGUUUCUGUUUCUAGUAAGCCAUGUCCCGGUCUCGAUCGGCGCCUUCCGGAGGCUCGUCGGCAGGCUCCGGCGCAUCUGGCACCCCGGCUCUCCAUAAGCUGAUUGUCGUGGGUCUCGGUGGUGUUGGCAAGACUGCCAUCAUCUUCCAAUACGUCUAUGGCGACUUCAUCUCCUCCUAUGACCCGACGAAGGCCGACUCGUACCGCAAGAAGAUCAUGUUCGAGGACGAGGAGAUCAACAUCGAUGUGCUUGACACCUCUGGUCAGGAGGAGUAUGCCGCCAUCCGUGACAACUACUACCGCUGUGGCGAGGGAUUCCUCUGCGUUUUCUCCUUGACCGAGCGCGAGACCCUUGAUGCCCUUGAUGAUUUCAUCGAGCAGAUCCACCGCGUCCUGGAUGACACGGAAAUCCCGAUCAUUCUUGUCGGUAACAAGUCCGAUUUGGAGCGAAGCCGCGCGGUCUUCUCCGAAGAGGCCCAGGCCAAGGCUGACCACUGGAAGAUCCCCUACUACGAGACCUCGGCCAAGACUCGCCACAACAUCGAUGAGGUUUUCACCCACAUUAUCCGCUCGAUCACCCAGCGGAAGCGGGCGGCCUCGACAGCGGCCCGGACCAACCGUCGUCGCGGAGGAAGCGGCAAGCGCCGUGGCUGUGUCCUCCUCUAAUCGCAUCACGUCUGGUGGUGUUUCUUCCCCCUCCAUAUGCGCGGCCUCUCCUCGCGCAGGCAUCCACACACACACACACACACACA